ACUUCUUCCCCUCCCUAUCUGACCCUUUUAGCACCCAGUUCUCAAAAGCAGUGGUUAAACUCAUUGACCCCAAGGAUGACCUCAUUGUCAGUGUCCAACAACAUCCCAUGGCUAGUGCCCAUGCCUGAAACCUGUCAGGGCAUUGUUCUGAAUCAAUGGUGGAUCCUCUCAACAGCCAGCUGUCUGAUUAAACUGAAGCAUUUGCACUCUGAAAUUUCAGGAAUCAUUAACCAAGAAGAUACCUUAUUUGACCACAAACUAUGUCUGCACCCUGGGUUUGCUCCACAACUUGGAACAGAUCAAGUGAAAGGAAACAUAGGAGUGGUCCUCCUGCAAUACCCUAUCAGGAGAGAAGAAAUGCCACUUUCACCCACUUAUAACAUCUUCUGGAAGAGUUGUUAUAAUUGCCAGUACAGACACUGCAGGGUAUACCAAUAUCAGAACAGCAAUAUUUUGGGGACCAGUAUUAAGAAGCUGUCAGUUAAGCUGCUGGACCUCUCAUUCUGCCAAAAACAACAUCUCCACCUGACUGAAAGGAACAAUCUAUGCAUCUGGAGUCAAGCACAAGAAGAAUGCUGGGUACAGCAGGGCAGUCCUGUUCUCUGUCUCUUUAGCAACCAUUGGGAGCUGGUAGGCUUGGUCAGUGAGUCCUCAAUGGCCUGUUAUGAUCCUAUUCUUGUCAUCAAGAUGGCCCCAUACCUAUCUUGGAUGAGAUGGCUUAUUGAGGCAUCCCAGAAGCUGCUGGAUCCUAUUUUUUCCCUACCCUGCAGUUUUUCUCCCAGGGUAGAACAUAGUCCACAAAACAGGCUUAGCCUGAACAGAGACUCUGCCAUUUUGACUUCCCAUGGAUUGACUAUACAAUCAUAUAGGAGAUUAGACACUUUGCCACUAAAGAGACAGCGCCGGAAUCGUCCUCCAGUAUUUUUUGGCUCAAAUAAUAGAGAUUCUUUCCCUGGCAGUAGACACUUACACCUUCAACAUAGUCAGCAAUACUCAGCUAGCAAAUCACCAGUGGUUAAAUCUUGGACCUUUCCUAUUGCCAAACCAUGGGAUCCUUCUGUGAUAGCUGAUCCCUGGAGUACCCCAAGAGCUGAUAUUUCUGAACCUUUGGGUCUUUCUGACCCCCAGAAUCGUCCAACAACUGGUAUACCUAUACCCUGGGACCUUCCUCAGAAAGAUGCAGUGAAACAUCAACAUAGAACUAUGACUGAGUCAGUAAGAUCUUGGGUUAAACAAUCAGUCAGUAUAAUUGGCCUUCAUACUCUACCACUAGUUAAUGCUGAUGAAACCUGGGUUCUGUUUUCAAGUGACAUAGGUGGAUCCCAGAUUCCUUCUGAGAUUACUACUGUCCAGUCUCAAGUGCAAGCUACUAAGAUUCCUUUUGAUGGUCAACUUCUAGCUAGACCCUGGCUAGAAAUCACCCCUGAUGUUGGACCUUGGACACAUAGUGUGCUAGAAAAAACAGGAACAGUGAUGCAGGUUCAAUCUAGUGAAGAGAAUGUUAGAACCCAAAUACACUAUGUAGCUGGUAAAGUUAACUCUGUUGUUAAACCUGUAACCUAUAACCAAUAUCCAUGGGUCCCUUUAAUAGAUAAUGAAAUUGAAUUCAAGACUCAUUCCACACUAAAUGCAAAUAGAUACCAAUAUCCAACAGUAACCCAUACCUUGGAACCUUGGUUCCAGCCAGGUCCAAAUAUAGUUGGAUUUCAAGAGCCUAUUGAAAAGACAAAUGAAUACUGGAUUCUCCCCGAACCUAAGUCAACUCAACUUUGGACUUACUCAGAGUUUAAUAUGCCCUUUUCUUUGGCGCCAUCUACAGGAAGUUCUGUUAUGUCUUGGGCCCAGUAUAAGGCAAGUGUAAUCAGACCCUCAAGUCAAAUGUAUAGUAUCAUGUUGAGCAAACAUGAUACUAUUACAAUCAAACCCCAGAUGAAGACUGAAUAUACAUCUUGGCUCUUGUUCAAUCCUAUUACUAAUCUAAUGAAGCCUUUAAUUCACUCUAAAGUUGAUAUGAUCAGAUCCCGAACUCAGUCUGAAGCUGACAUAGUCCAAACCUGUACUCAGUCAGAAACCCAAGCAGAAAGACCUUUUUCUCAGCUGAAAGCUGAUACAAUCAGACCAUGGUUACAGACCAAGACUGAAAUAAUCAUACCCUGGAUUCAGCCUAAAAUUCAAAUAGUCAGACCUAGAACUAAAGAAGAAAAAGGCAAACAUUGGACCCAACGAGAAGCAAAUACAAUUAGAUCUUGGUCCUCCAGCGAAAUUGAAACAAUCAGACCCUGGAAACAGCCUGAAGCUGAUAAAGCCAGAUCUUGGUUCUGGACUAAAUCUGAUCAAAUGAUACCGAGGACCAAGCCAGACCUUAAAACACGGCAUCCCUGGAUUCAGAAUGAUGUUAACAUGGUCAAACCAUGGAUUCAGUCUGAAGGUGGUGGCAUCCAAUCAUGGGCAAAGCCUGAAUCAUCUACAUUUAGUUUCUGGACACAAUCUAAGGUUGAUAUAGACCUACACUGGACAAGCCCUGAAACUGAUGCAGUCAGACAUUGGUUGCAGACACGAACUGAUAAGAUCAGAACCUGGAGCCAAAUUGACUCUCAGACAGACAUGUCCUGGUUUGAGCCUGAAGCUAAUAUAGUCAGAUCUUGGUUGCAUCCUCAAGUGGAUACAUUCAAACCUUGGACUGAAACAGAAUUUCAAAGAGCCCACUCCUGGACCCAACCUGAAGGUGAUAUAGCCAGACCUAGGACUCAGUCUGAGACUGAUAAUGUCAAACUUUGGUUCCACACACAAAUGGAGACGGUCAUACUGUGGACAGAACCAGUAAUGAAAACAGCACAUCACUGGAUACGGUCUGAAAUGGAAAGAGACAGUCCCUGGAACCAACCUGUGGAUGAUAAGGUAAAAGCCUGGGUACAGCGUGAUGCUAACACAGUCAGACUCUGGGAUGAACAAGAAGGCAAUAAUGUUAGGCUCUGGACACAGUAUGAAGCUGACCCAGUAAGACCCUGGAUUCAGCCAGAUAUUGGUAUGAUCAACACUGGGGCACAAAAUGAUGCAGAUACUUUAAUACCAUCGACUCAGGCUGAAUCUCUAGAAGUAAAUCCCUGGACACAGUCAGAAACUGAAACAGUCACACCAUCGAUCCAGAGUGAAACUCCAGCUGUAAAUUAUUGGAGACAGUUGUUAACUAAACCUGUCACAACGUGGGCAAAGACUGAAUUUCCAGGACAAAAGCUCUUGGCACAUCCUGCAUCUGAUACAGUAAUACAGAGGACUCAGGCUAUAUCUAUAGCAAUAAAUCCCUGGACACAGCCUGUAGCUGAUACAGUCACAUUGUGGGCCCAGGGUAAAACUUCAGAAAUAAAUCCCUGGACAAAAACUAUAGCUGACAUAGUGACAACAUUGACCCAGUUUGAAUCUCCAGUAGUAAAUCCCUGGAUACAGUUUGAAAGUGAUACAGCCAUACCACAAAGCCAAGUUGAAUCCCUAGCAAUAAGUCCUUGGACACAGUCUAAAGCUGAUGUAAUCACACCAUGGACCCACGGUGAGUCUUCUGCAGUAAUUCCUUGGACAGGCAUUAUAGCUGGGACAAUAACACAGUGGACCCAAGCUGAAUCUCCAGCAAUGAAUUCAUGGACACAGGCUAUAGAUGAUACAGCCACACUGUAUCUUCAGGCUGAGUCUCCUUUAUUAUAUUCCUGGAAAAAGUCUGAAAAUGAUGCAGUCAUAACAUGGACCCCAACAGAGUCUUUAGCACUAAAUUCCUGGAGACAGCCUGAAACUGAGAGUAUGUCAACAUGGACUGAGAGAGGAAAUCCAGAAGUAAGUCCUUGGGCACAAUCUGAAGUGAAUACAGUCACAACUUGGUCCCAGGCAGAGAUCUUAGGAAUAAAUUCCUCAAUACAACCUGUUGUGGACACAAUUCCGCCAUGGUCUCAGAUUGAAUCUCCAGCGAUAAGUACCUGGACAGAGGCUGAGAGUGGUACAGUCACAGCAUGGACUCAAGCAGAAUCUUUAGGAAAAACCUGGACUGAGGCUGCAGCUUCCUUGGUCACACUAUGGAGUCAGGAUGAAUCUCCAGCAGUGAAUCCAUGGACACAAUCCAUAGCCGAUGUAGACAUACUGUGGACUCCGGCUGAUUCUGCAGCUGUAACACCCUGGAUACAGCCUGUAUCUGAGAGUGUUAUACAGUGGACUCAAACUAAACCUCCAGCAAUAGAUGGAUGGGCACAGACUGUAUCUGACAUGGUCACACCUUGUACUGAAAUUCCAGAAUUAAAGACUGAGACAAAUCCUUUGAAAGACAUAAUAACACAGUGCACCAAUACUGACUCUCUAUCUGUGAAUCCCUGGGCAGAGGCUACAGCGGCAACAGUUACACCGUGGACCCAGACUGAAUCUCCAGCAAUGAAUCUCUGGACAGAGGUUGUGGCUGAAACAGACAUACCCUGGACCCUGACUGACUUCCCAUCAGUGAAUCCCUGGUCAGAGACUGCAACUGCCACAGUCAUACCCUGGACCCCGACUGAAUCUGCAGCAGUUAAUCCCUUGGCAGAGGCUGUAGCUGAAACAGACAUACCCUGGACCCCGACUGAAUCUGCAGCAGUUAAUCCCUUGGCAGAGGCUGUAGCUGAAACAGACAUACCCUGGACCCCAACUGCAGCAGUGAAUCCCUGGGCAGAGGCUGUAGAUGCCACAGUCAUGCCACAGCCUCAGACUGAAUCUCCACUAGUAAGCUGGACACAGUCUACAAUUUCCUCAGUCAUAUUCUGGAUGCAGUCUGAUUCUCUAGCAGUAAAUUCAUACACACAGAAUCUAAAUGAUACAGCAAAAUUGUGGACAAUGAUUAAAACUGAGUCUAAGCAACCCUGGAGAAUGCCUGAACCUAGUAUAUUUAGUAUUUUAUUGCAUCCGCAUAUUGAUACUACUCGAUCCUUGAUUACAGUUGAGAAUCAAGCUUCCCUUCUUUGGACACAUCCUGAGACUGAUAAUAUCAACUCAUGGGCCUUGUCUAAAUUUGGAACAUUUAUAUCCUGGGUAGUGCCCUUGCCUCAAGCAGCCAGACUCUGGCUCCACUCUGAAGCUGAUAUUAGCAGAUCUUGGUUGAAAACUGAAACAACAAGAAUAAGACCCUGGGACCUAUCAGAAUCUCAAACAGUGAAUACCUUGACUCAAUUUGGACCUGGUAGAGUGGAUCUCUUGGCUCAACCUGAGACUGCCACAAUCUUAUCAUGGGUUCAGACAAAAACGGGUGUAUUUCAUCCCGAGAACUGGUCUGAAGGAGACACAGUGAGAUCUUGGACCUUUUCUGAAGCAGAUAUAGUAAGACCAUGGAUCAAAAAUGAAGCUGGCAUAAUCAGUCUCUGGACUCAACCUAAAAGUAGUACUUUCAGACCUUGGGCCCAGCCUGAAUCUGAAACAGUGAGGCCCUGGACACAAUCUGAAGCUAAUAUGUUUACACUAUUGCCCCAGUCUGAAAUGCAAGCAGCGAAACCCUUGACCGUGACCGACAUUAAUAUGGUCAGAUGUUGGUUCCAGACUCAGUUUGGUGCAAUAAGACAUGGCACUCAACCUCAAUCUCAAAUAGCUACUCCCAGGAUCCAACCAAAAUGGCAAAGAGCCCACCCCUGGAUCCAGCACAAAGCUAAUACAGUCAGAUCUUGGAUUCAUCCUGAAGGUGAUUUAGCCCAACUCUGGACCCAAACUGAAAGCAACACAGCCAGACUCUGGACCUAUCAUGAAAAAUCAUGGACCCAGCCUGAACUACAAUUUGUCAGUUCCUGGACUGAAGUGGAUACAGUCACAUUUUGGUACCCAAUGCAAAAUGGUACAAUUAGGCCCCAGUACCAAUUUGAAUCUCAAAUGCCGUGUUCCUGGACUCAAAAUGAAGUUGGUAUAAUCAUCCCUUGGACUCAGUAUGAAAGUAAUUCAAUCAGAUCCUGGACCAAACUUGAAACUGCUACAAUUCAACCCUGGAUCCACCUUGAAGCUGCUGCAAUCAGAUCGUGGACCUUGGCUGAAACUUUAAAAAUCUACCCCUCAACCCAGGUGGAUACUAAUACAGUAAUAAGACAUUGGUUUCAGACUCAAGUAGAUUCAGUCAGACCUUGGAAUCUGCAGAAAGCUAAUACGGCUAGACCCAGUACCCAGCCUGAAACUGAAACACUCCAUAUUUGGUCACAGACUGAAAGACAAGUAGUAAAACCUAUAACUUUAUCUGAAGUUGAUACAAUUACUCCUUUGUUACAGACUCAAAGUAAUACAACUAGACCCUGGAUUCAACCUGACUCUCAGACAGACAGUCUCUUGACCCAGACUGACAUUUCUGUAGUUCACCCCUGGACUCAGCAAGGAGCUGUUACAAAUCAACCUUGGUUGUACCCUGAAACCCAAGCAGUCAAACCCUGGGUCAAUAUGGAAGCUGAUACAGUCAGAUCUUGGUUCCAUAUUCAAAUGAAUAAAGUCAUACCAUGGACCCAUUCAGAAUUUCAAGUAUUCAGUCCUUGGAUCUACUCUGAAGUUGGCAUAGUUAAGUCUUGGAUACAGACUGAAACCCAAGAAGGCAGGCUCUGGGCCCACCCUGAAACUGACAUUAUUGCAUCCUCCACUAUACAUAAAUCUGACAAAGUCAAAACAUGGAUCCCACAUGAAAAAGAAAUAAAGCCUGACGGCCAUUAUAAAGCUGAUAUAAUUUCAUCAUUUGUUCCUCUUGAAGCUGAGCCAGAUAGAGCAACUCCAUUAACUAGUCAAUUUGGCUCCUGGUCUGAACGUGUACCUUUUUUACAAACAGAAAGUAUCCUUUCCGCAGAUCAGUAUUUUAUAAUAGCUUUGUCAACUGAGAUACCUGCAACAGAAAGCCAAGAUCAAAUCCAUUCUCUCCUACCUAGUGAGCUUACAAACAUUCUCCUUCUUACCCUUUCAAGCACCUGGCUUCCUGGAAGAGUCAAUUAUCUGAACUUUAGCAGUAACUUACAAAUCACCAAAACAAAAGGAAGCCCUGAUGUCUCACCUAAUUUUCUUAGCACUCUUUAUCCAUCUUUUUCCUUUCUCGUUCCUUGUUCUCUGCCAACUGCAUGUACUUUGUCCCCUUCCUGUUCGUUGCUUUUUUCUUGCACAUUUCCUUCAUCCUGUAUUUUCCCUUAUUGCUCCAUUCUUUCUCCUACGGCCUUCUCUCCUGUCCUUUUGACCUUAGCCUCUUCUGAUAAUUCUCCCCAGAAACUAUCUACCUCAAAAUUUACUGAGGAGACCAUUCUUUCUCAUGGUUUGUCAUCCCUGCGUGCUGCUCCAAUCACACUUUUAACAAAGCAACCUUAUCAGACGCCUGGAUCUGAAUUUGAAACUAAGUCUAAACAGCCUGAACAAGAGCCUCUCAAGAAUUCAGAACUCAAUGUUUCCUUGGCUGAGUGUCAUCUGGGUUUGGUCUGGAAAGAGAGUCUCCAGGCUUUCUGGCUCUUCAAGACAGCUGUUAUUUCUCAUGAAACCACAGAGUGUGGCUUACGCCCUGGCCUCGUGCCUCAUUGUCCCAACUGCUGGGAGGCAGAAGUUGGUGAAUUCCCUUGGAUGGUUUCAUUGCAACUCUCUUUCUCUCAUUUCUGUGCUGGUUCUAUACUGAAUGAACAGUGGAUCCUUACCACAGCUAGAUGUGCGAAUUUCAUAAAAAACUCAGAAGCCCUGGCCCUGGUCCAGGUGGGACUUAUUGAUCUUCAGGAACCUACUCAAGCUCAGACUGUAGGCAUUCACCGCGCCAUGCCGUAUGUAGGCCCUAAGGGACCUUUGGGACCUGGGCUAAUCUUCCUGAAGCAGCCACUGCAUUUUCAACCACUGGUGCUUCCUAUCUGCCUGGAGGAGAGCCUGGAGCAAGAGAAAAAUAUACAACUGUAUGACUGCUGGCUACCCAGUUGGUCCCUUAUGAGGGGAAGUCCCGGAAUUCUGCAGAAAAGGCACCUAAGCAUCCUGAAAGUCAGCUCUUGUGCCCAAUUUUGGCCCAAGCUAAAUGAAUUCACUUUCUGCGUUGAAGCCAAGAAAGCUGUGGGGGAGGCUGGCUGUAAGGGUGACCUGGGGGCACCUCUAGUGUGCCAUCUGCAACAAAAGGACAUAUGGGUGCAGGUGGGAAUCUUGAGUAACUUUGAUGAACAUUGCACAAAGCCCUACGUCUUCAGCCAAGUGAGCCCUUUCCUUUUCUGGCUCCAAGGAGUUACACGGCCCAGCCAUGCACCCUGGUACCAGCAAGGGCCAAUGACUACUUCUGCUUCCAUCUCCCUUUCAGUCUCUACCUCUACGAAUGCGUCAGGUGUUACCUCCACUACUGCUUCUAUUCGGCCACACUUCAUCUCUCUGCCACAGCCUCAGACUUUGGCAGAUCGGAUUUCUCUGCGGUAUGCCAUGCCUUGGCAGGCCAUGAUCAUUAGCUGUGGCAGUCAAAUUUGUAGUGGUUCUAUUGUUAGCAACUCUUGGGUUCUCACUGCUGCCCACUGUGUCAGGAAUAUGAAUCCUGAAGACACUGCUGUAAUACUGGGCCUGAGGCACCCUGGGGCACCUCUGAGAGUUGUUAAGGUAUCUACUAUUCUACUGCAUGAAAGAUUCCGGUUGGUGAGUGGGGCAGCAAGAAAUGAUCUAGCAUUGCUGCUCCUUCAAGAAGUCCAGACUCCCAUUCAGCUCUUGGCACCUUUGGGCCAUAUGAAAAACCUGAACAGCUCCGAAUGCUGGCUUUCUGGGCCACGAAUUCUUAAACCAGGGCAGACAGAUGAGAACCCAGAAAUGUUACAGAUGCAGGUGACAGGAGCUUCAAGCUGUGCAUACCUUUACCCUGAUAUAGGCAGUUCUUCUGUCUGCUUUAUGACUGAGGCCAAAGGCUCUGUCACAAAUGUGGAGCCAGUGAGUCCAGGCAGUGCUGUUAUGUGCAGACCAAUAUCUGGCAAUGGCAGCUGGAGACAAAUAGGCCUCACAAGUCUGAAGGACCUAGCUACCAUUGUGAGGCCAUACUUCUCCUGGAUAUUAACCACCUCUGCAAAAGCUGGUCAUCCCAUAAACCAGGCCCUCAUGCCUUGGAUGGAAAAGCCCAAGUCAGCUGGACUUCUAAAACAGCCAAACACACUGUCAUUUUCUUGUGUAAUGAUUAUUGUACUUCAGAGUCUUUUGUAAUCCAGUGACUAUGAAAGGCAUUGCUGGUAUUUUCAAAAUGUGUAACAUGAGACAUAAGUAACAUAUAGUCAAAAACAAAUUCAUGCAUGAUUGGAUCUUCUAGAUAUUCUUUUAAUAAAGACACUCUAGGUCAA